UAGCUACUGUUUUGCCAGCCCCUUGGCCCGAAAACGGACUGCUUAGCCGCGAACGUGGUUUAUUUGUUAGUUAAUACGGAUAACCGAGAGCCGUCUGAUAUUAAAUGUGCCACGGAAACCGUCGUUUUGUCCGCCUGGUUAUCCAAAAAAAGCUAGGUUAGCUGCCUGACGUUAUUUUCAGCAGAAAGAGGCUAGCACAAAGACACAUUAGCAACGUCCGCUACCUUAAAUGGAUGCUUUUAAUCUGCCAAGUGAGUUAAAAUUGGUAGUACCAUAUUGAGCUUUUUUUUUUCUUCCCUGAUUGACGGUCUGGGAUACCCAACGUCGAGAAGAGAGCUGGGGAGAGCAUAACUUCUUAGUAGGACAGACAUGUCUACGUCUAACGCCAAUUUCAAAAACAAGUGUGUUGCUCAAGUCAGCUGCAUAUUCUGUGAUAGUCUGCUCUGCACGAGGGGCAUGAAGGCUGUGCUCCUCGCAGACACGGAGAUCGAGCUAUUUUCAACCGACAUACCCCCCAACAGGACUGUUGACUUUGUGGCCAGCUGCUACUCUACUGAAAGCUGCAAAUGCAAACUAAGAGACAUUGCCUGUCUCAAGUGUGGUAAUGUUGUGGGCUAUCAUGUUGUGGCCCCCUGUAAACCCUGCCUGCUGUCCUGUAACAAUGGCCACUUCUGGAUGUUCAAUAGCGAUGCUGUGUCUACCCUCAACAGAUUGGAUUCAACAGGUCUGAAUCUGCUGUUGUGGGGAGAUCUUCCUGAGUUGGACGACAGUGAGAAUGAAGAAUCAGAAAGUCUCUCAGAGGAGGAGUGUAUCAGGUAGAGAGGUAGAUGGACAAAAUGGAGAGAGCCAGGUAGUCAUCAUUUGAGAGCUAGAAGAGGAGUGGAGAACAAUGAGAGAACAAGAGAGGCCUUGAUCACCAUGACUGUAUGGUUUCCUGUUAUUUUUCACUGUAUAAAGCACAAACAUACUCUACACUGUUUUCUCUCUUUUUCAAAAACAUCUGAGGGCUAUCACCGAAAAGGACUGAACA